AUGGUUAAGAAGAGAAAGAAGCAACAGUUGAUAUGCGUUGAUAAUGUUGAUCGGAUUCGACUUCAGCAAGUGUGGCUAAGUCCAGACGACAUUCUGAAGAAGGUGUUCCGAAAGGAUGGCCCGCCGGUAGGCGUCGAGUUUGAUUCUCUUCCUUCUCAGGCUUUCAAGUUUUAUCGAAAAGGUUCCAAAAAAUCUCAUCGUUCUUGCCAAGGAAAACAAAGACCUUUCAAAAGGAGAAAGGUUUGUGAGCCUACCAGCUUGGACUACCAAGUUUGCAUUGAGAAGAGUUUUCCCAAGAAGAAACAUGGUAUCGGGAAAGGCUUGAUGAAUGCUUCAGUUAAGAAGCAUAGUAUUGGGAAGGGUUUGAUCAGGGGUCCAGUGAAGAAGCAUGGUAUCGGGAAGGGCUUGAUGGGUGUUCCAGCGAAGAAACAUGGUGUAGGGAAAGGUUUGAUGACAAUUUGGCAGGCAACAAACCCUGAAGCUGGGGAAUUUCCUACUCGUGUUGAGUUUAGUGACAGGGCGCUUUUCCAAAUGGGUACUGCUAUAUCAACAAAACCAAUUGUUCAGGAGAAAAAGAAAAGAGUGCAGCGACGACAACCUGUGGCUAGAAGAUUAGUAAACGAGUCACAAGAUAAGAGAAAGCCUUUCAUAAAGAGUAGAAAGAAGGAAUGUCAAAAAAUAGAGAAGGCAAAGCCACUACGCAGAGAAAAAUGUGAACUUGCUCUUGAAGGACUGAGAUGCGAAGAAGAGCUUGAUCAAUUUGCAUUACUAGUCGAUGAUGAGGAACUCGAGCUGAGAGAAUUACAAGCAGGAACGAAUCCAUUAAUGUGCUCGGCUCAUUUUGGUACCAAUGGAUUGCAUGGUUGUUCCCUCUGCAAAGAUUUGCUGGCAACGUUUCCUCCAGAUUCUGUCACGAUGAAGCCACCAUUGUGUAUGCAACCAUGGAUUUCCUCUCCUGAGCUUGUCAAGAAAAUUUUCAAGGUCUUCCAUUUCCUUUGUACUUAUGCUGCAAAGAUCGGUAUAUGUUCGUUUACCCUUGACGAGUUUGCUCAAGCAUUUCAUGACAAGGACUCCUUAUUACUUGGAAAAGUGCACGUUGCACUUCUGAAACUUCUUUUGUCUGAUGUUGAAAUGGAGCUCAAUAGUGAAUUUUCUCCCCACACGAGAAACAAUUGGAGGUUUCUUGGGGUACUUCAAUCAGUUGAACAUCAAGAGUUUGUUCUGAAGUUUUGGCAAAAAGCGCUGAACCCUUUGACUUGGAUAGAAAUAUUGUAUCAAGUAUUGAUUGCUGCUGGUUUUGGUUCAAAGCAUGGUACAUUACCUAGGGAACCUCCCAACAAGGAAGUCAACCUUAUGGUGAAGUAUGGCUUAAGCCCUCAUACUUUGAAGUGUCAAUUGUUCAGUAUUUUGUUAAUGCAAGGAAAUAACGGGUUGAAAGUUUCUGAGUUGGCACAGUCUUCAGCAGUUCUUGAAUUGAAUCUAGCAGCUAAAGCGCAUGAGUUAGAACUCCUAAUAAGCUCAACACUUUCGGGUGACAUUACGUUAUUUGAAAAGAUAUCAUCUUCUGCAUAUCGUAUUCGUAUAAAUUCUGUCAAGAAGGAAUCUGAGGAUUUUCAAUCAGAUUCUGAAGAUUUUGGAAGUGUUGAUGAUGAUUCUAAGGACGUUAGUGGAUGCAGCAACGCUGAUGAUUCUGAGUAUGAUUCAGGAACUUCCAUUAAAAAUAAACUUGAGCACAGAAACUCCCGUGAAGGUAGAAAUAACAUGUUGACCGUUUACAACGAAAUAGAUGAAAGCAAUCCAGGAGAAGCAUGGUUGCUCGGACUCGUGGAAGGUGAAUAUUCCGAUUUAAGCAUCGAUGAGAAGCUGGAAGCCUUGGUGGCUUUGCUUGAACUUCUUAGUGCUGGGUCUAGUAUCAGAAUGGAGGUAAACCGUCUCAUUGCUGUAUGGUAUAUAUCUUGA